AUGACCGCCAGCGGGUCGUUCGUGCAUCAGAUGGCCACCGGGGAGCUCCCUCGCGAGAAGUAUCUUCGCUAUCUGUCGCAAGACGCGUACUUCUUGUUUCAUUUCAAUCGAGCGUACGCGCAGGCGCUUCGCCUGGCCGCGGACGUCGACGAGCAGAGAGUCUUUCACGAACUCAUCGGCGGCGUGCUCGACGAGCUGAAGUUACACUCCGCGGCGUGUGAAAAGUGGGGCGUGGACGUGGACGCCGUCGAGGUGCACGCCGCGAGCCGGGCGUACGUGGAGUUUCUGGAGUCUUUGCACGGGAAAUCUUCGCUCGAGUUGGUCGCCGGGAUGAUUCCGUGCAUGCGACUGUAUGCGUACGUCGGUCGGUACUUUCUCACGCGAGCGGAUGCGGGUGUAGACGGAAUUCCCGACCCGCGGACGUCACCGUACGCCGAAUGGUUCGAGGCGUACGGUGGGGAUGAGAUGGAAUCCCUCGCGUGUCGUUUAGAGUCGUUAUUACCCGAAGAAAUCGAGGAUGAGCGCGCCGUCGAUAAUUACGUCGAGGCGAUUCGUCUUGAACGUGACUUCUUCGCCGCGCACGCGUAG